AUGCAAGUCCUAUAUCGAUUCAAGUCUGAGAAAGAGUUUAGCCGAAUUGAGACGGAUAGAUCGAGUAUGCCCUUAUGGGAAUUAAGAGCUGAGAUUGUUUCUUUGCGGCAUUUAACAUUGCAUGAUUAUCACUUGGUCUUUUACCUAGAGAAUGAAAGUACGCCAGUGACUGAUAAUUACACAACUAUUCAUAGUAAUACGAAAGUGCUAGUAGAACGGGUGCCGACUUAUAUGCAAGUAGGAGUUAAGGAGGCGUUGGAGAAGAGUAAGGAAAAGGGGGAUAAUGAGGCAGGUGAUAAAAGAGGAGAAGAAGGAAGAUCUUCUAUCUCAGUGCCCAGUACCUUUAGUGCUCGUAUUCCACCACCUAAUUACAUAUGCUUCCGUUGUGGAGAGAAGGGGCAUUACAUUCAGAUGUGUCCAACGAAUAGUAAUAAGCAGUACGAUGCUAUGCGGGUGAAGAAAGCAACCGGUAUUCCUAAGACAUUCUUGGUGCCGGCGGAAGAGAGUACGUUUUCGGUGCUGUUGAAUGAAGAAGGGAAGUUUGUCCGGGCGCAGCCACAAACAAGAGAGUUCUCUAAACACUUUGGGGCUGGGAGUAGGAGUCGAACUGUUCCGGUGGCUUUUAAGUGUGGCCAGUGUUUAGGCUUACUGGCCGAUGCUAUGGCUUUAGAGUGUGGGCAUUCAGUUUGUGAGUACUGUGUUGGUAAUCGGUGCCCGGUUUGUCAUAAGCGUGUAGGCCGGGUUAUACCUGAUAUUCGCCUCCGGAAGAGCAUUGAGAGGUAUCUAGAAAAUGAUAAGUAA